CCUAGUGGACGAUGCUCAGAUGUGUUAUUUGCCCCCAUUGAAGUCACCAUUUCCUUGCCUCCUGCUCUAAUCGAAAUUGACCUCAAGUUUAUACAAAGAACCAUUGAAUACAGCCUUGCAGUUAUUAAAGAAAAUAGUCUCUUACCAAUCAUUGUUGUCUUUGGUAUACAUCCCACAAAACCAAGCGUAGCCAAUGAUUUAGUACAAAGUGAUCAGAUACCAUAUUCAAAAGAAUAUCCUUGCAAACCAUGGGCUAAAUCCUAUUACAUUCUGGAUCCUAACACUAUCAAUAGUCAUAUUCAUGAAGUACCACUCAAACCAUUAGUUGCAGUAGAACACUUUUUUCACAAGCAAAAAAGAACUCUGUUAGGUAUAGAUAGCAAGGAGCGCGCUGAUGAGACCAUCCAACUGUUAUAUACUGUUGCAAAACAAAUAUUUGAAACUGAUAUCACUUUGGAGAAACGAACGAUUGACGUCCUUUUAAAUGUAUGUGAACAGGCGCAAAAGCAGUUUUUUAAGAUUAAGGAGGCCCUAGAAAUCGAAGAUCUGGAACAGCUAAAAAAACGUACAAGAGAGUAUGCCGAAGACGGCUGUAUGUAUUUGGAGACAUGCAAAUCAAAGUAUCGGCGCACAUCUUUACCUGAACCUCCAUCUCUACCAGAAGAAGCAAAA